UGGUGGCUCCACUGUUGCCAAUAUGCGUGUCAGAUUGCAGCUUUUGCUGUUGCCAUUUGAGCCCAAGACAUCGCCUGCUGUCAUCCCGUGCUCAGAAAGCCUCAGGCUCCUAGGCAGCCAACAUGGCCCAGACCGUGUUGGAGGUCUUUAAGAAGUUCGAUGCUGAUGACUCCGGCGCAAUUUCCCGUACGGAGCUGGGGGAGGUGUUGCAAGCUUUGAAAGAAACAGAUCCAUGGGAUGAUGAAGACAUUGAUGAAAUUCUGGCAACAGCGGAUGCAAGUGGCGAUGGCGAAUUGCAGAUUGAGGAGUUUGUGAAGUGGGUCUUCGCUGAAGACAAGGAGAUCUCUCAGGGGAUCAAACCCAAGGCCACGGUGAAGAUUUCAGGUUGCUCUCGAGACGAGUUCAAUGGGAACUACGUCCAGAAAGAAGGAGAGUAUUACUACCGUCGGCCAAUCUUCUACUGCGAGGAGAAGAAGAAAUUCCUCUUCUACCAUGGAGAGAGGGGCCAGUGGCAGCUGUACUGGCGCACGGGUCCAAAAGCUUCUUGUCGCAUCAAGACCACGCGCACGGCUCAUAUGCCCGGAGAGGGCAAGACUUGGGCAGUUUACAAGCAGAAGAGCAGCAAGAGUAAGAAGAAGAAGAUGGUGCGCGAACCCGACAUGAAGUGCGAGGCUGAAGUGGCUGAGGUGCCCGAUCAACAGGAGAAUGCUGAGGAGCUGCUCCUGCAAGCGGAGCCAUGCGUGAAGUUUGAUGAGAUCUACUACAAGAAGGUCGAUGGAGAGGUCAUUGGCAAUCGAGCAGUCUACCGGCAGUCCAAGGGUGAUGAUGACUGGGGUGACACCUAUCUCUUCUACGAUAAACCCGAGACCAAAUGGAAACGGGCCAAUGAAGCCGCGGAGGGUGCGGUGGCCUUAAACAAAUCAAGGAUUACCAAGGUGCCUUCCCCAGAGAAGGCUGCCUGGUUUGAUGACCAUGGAAAGAUGGACGUGAACGCCGUGGACACGGACGGCAUUCCCAACAGCACCGGGCAGAGCUUGACCCUGAACCACAGCGUGCAGGAAGGGUGGAAAGAUGAGACCUUCCCACACAACAAGGACUCCGUUGGUCAAAGAUGCUCCGAAAAGUUGGGUCGGAUGCGGUGGCUGCGCGCCAUGGCUCUCCAUGAGAAUCCAGUCCUCUUCGCUGAUGUGGAGCCUGCGGAUGCCUUGCAGGGUAGCCUGGGCAAUUGUUGGCUGAUCGCUGCAAUGGCUGCGAUUGCUGAGUUCCCAUCCUACAUGAAGAACAACAUUUUUCAAAACAAGAAGCUCGCGAAAGACGGAAAAUACCACAUCAAGCUCUUUGAUGGUCGCUACAGCCGCUGGAAAGUCGUCACUGUGGAUGACUACCUGCCAUGUUCCGCCUGGGGUGGAGAUAGUCCAUCCCUAUUUUUCGCAAAGAUAAAUGAUGGGAAGCUGUGCCUGGCUCUGAUUGAAAAGGCCUUUGCCAAGCUCUACGGAUCCUAUUCAGGACUAUGGUCUGGCUUCCAGCCAGUGGCCUGGUAUCACCUCACGGGCUGCGACAAUUUCUUCCGCUACAAAUUUACCUACGAAGUGGCCGCGAGAUGGGAAGUGAAUGCCGAUGUUGCAGUGUAUUCCGACAAGAGGAGAACCAAAAAGCUGGGCGUUUUGGCACAGGGUGCACACUUCCGUGAGGCACAGAGGGUGGGCUCCUGGGUCAAGAUCUCCAAGGAGGAUGGCGAUGGACCCAGCUCAGGAUGGAUCUCGUACUAUGACAAAGGCAAGCGUGUGGCGAGCCGAAGUCCUCUCUAUCCACCGAGGUACUUCUUCCAACAUAUGCAAAUCAACGGAAGCGCAGUGAUGGAAGCCAAUGGAACUGAUCAUUCGGUGGCCGACUGGUCCAAGUCUUUCUACACCAAAUCCAGCGCGUUUGCUUCAACCGAGUCAGUGUGGCAAGACCUUUUGAAGUUCGACAAAGACAACCAUCUCAUGGCAGCAGUGUGCACUCAAAGCAACGACGAAUCCGACUCUGGAUUGGUCCAUGGCCACGCGUACAGCGUCUUGAAGGUGGUUGAGAUUGAUGGUGUGAAGCUUGUGGCUUGCAGAAAUCCAUGGGGAACCGAUGCAGAAUGGAAUGGACCCUGGAGUGAUCGGAGUUCUGAAUGGAGGUGCAACCCCAGCAUUGCCAAAGCCUUGAACGUGGAUUUCCAAACAGAGGGCACCUUCUGGAUGGACUAUGAGGAUUGGAUGUAUUGCAUGGGCAAUAUCAAGGUCAUGAAUUGCAAGAUGCCAACGUCCAGAGGUGACUUCCAUUCCCGGCUCUUGGACGAUGAUGAAGAUGGCGGUUCUGGUGAUGAGGGAGGCGAAUUCAACGACGAGGAUGAUGAAGAUGACUCUUUCGGUGGACGUGGUGACAUUUGGAUCAGCCCGCCAAGAACUGGAGGCAAAAUCGUCGCCUGCUACGGGCUGGGCGUGAAUUGGAAUGGGCCAGUGCUGAUGGGGGAAGGCACUUUAUUACAACCAGGUGACACUGAUCAGACGUUCAUGAACGUUCCUUCAAUGCUGGAUGGAGCCACUUACUUUGGGCAUCCCAUCAAUGUAUCUGCUGGCUUUUGGACUAUUGAGUUCGAGCCUCCCACCACCUUGUACGUGUGGGUCAUGGAUGGUUGCAGUGACUCCCUUGAACUGGUGGGGCCUACGACAGGCUGGACUUUGGAGGAUGCCCCAGGCUUCCAAACCAAUGAUGGAUACAAGCUGCACUUAAUGAGCAAGUAUGUUGAGAAGUUGGACAGGUACACCGGCUGCUAUGAAGGCUUCAGAACCAUCAGUUCCAGCUUUUGUGGCGGCUUGAUUGGGGUCUACCCCUUGCCAAAGCAACCUGAAGUGCUCGUGUCCGCGGCCUGCGCUUCCAUGCCUUCGAACGAUGCCCCAGUCACAUUUUGCUCUGGCCUCGAAGUCGAGUGGAAUUCUCCAAUGAAAAUGGAAGAGGGUACUCAGACCAAUCCAGGCGAAGAGGAGCACGUCUUUCAGAAUGUGCCCGGAGUGCUUUUGGGUGGCACCUACAUUGGCAGCAAGUGCUGGCCUUCAGCAGGAACAUGGACCAUUGACUACCAAGCUCCUUGCAAGUUGUACGUCUGGGCCAGGGAAGGUGAGUACAAUGCAGGAGUGAAUGAUCUCCUGAGUGCUGAUGGAUGGGCAAGAGAGGCAGCAGAGGGCUUUCAACGCAGCGAUGGCAAGGAAUUGCACUUGUGGAGCAGGCACUUUAUGGAAGGAACCUCCUACAGCAUCACGGUUGAGUCUUGCUUGGUGGGUGGCGUGGUGGGUCAACCUCUUGACCUGGGUGGUGCAGUGACGUGCUGCUCGGGGCUGGACGUUGAGUGGAACAGCCCUCACUUGAUGAGUGAGGGUACUUUGGUGAAUCCAGGCGACCGUGACUACAUCUUUAAAUUCUUGCCGCCUUUCCUGUCUGGCGGCACAUAUAUCGGCAGCAGGACAUGGCCGCAAGCAGGCACCUGGACUAUCGAGUACAAAGCUCCUACCAUCUUGUAUGUGUGGGCGGAAAAGGGUCAGUACAACGCCGGAGUUGAUGAUGCCUUGAGUGCAGAUGGUUGGGUCCGUGAGGAAGAGGGUCAAUUCAUGCGUUGGAAUUCACGCGGGAAUAAUCCGUUGUGUAUUUGGAGCCGGCACUUUCAAACUGGCUCCUCAUACAGCAUCCAGACCAACGGCUUGGUGGUUGCUGGUGUUGUUUCUGCGCCCGCUGAUGAAUGAGACAUGACUUAAUGCGAAAGGCUGUUGGGAUGUUUCACUAUCACGUACAUUGCUUGCGUCCAAAAAAAGCGGGGGAUUCUGCAGCCCCUUGACUUCACGAAACCAGCUGCCAAAGGCAGCAUUGCGCUGUUUUACCACUCUCGCUUCUUGCUCGUGGGAUGGGGCCCGAAAGGGUCACUGUUCCGCCGCAAAAAUCGAAAUACAUAACUCGAACCACGAGGAAGUACAGCGAUUAGCAAAGGCUCACUGUACGAAGCAGCGGCUUUGGUCUCCUGACUCCGCACACCACAA